CUUCUCAUACACUUUUAAGUCUUAUCUAUCUGCUCAUUGCCUCGCAGGAUCAAAGAGCUUAAAAACUUUUCUUUAAAAGCAUAAUAAACCACUCCGUGUAACCCAAGACUGAGGCUAAUAAUGGUUUCUCGACAAGAAGGAACCCUCUAUUCUAGAAAGAGGGAUUUCACAAUCUAUGGAGAAGAGUUGCUCAAUUCAUUCAAGAAGAGCAAGCAAGAAGAUCAUUCACAGAGCACUCUGUUCAAUGAACGACCAAACUCAGUUACCUUUGAUUUUGAACUUCAUCUCUACAAUCCUCUACCUUCAGAUUGGCAAGCUAAGGAAGAUUCACGAACAUCUGAAGAUCAUAAGACAUAUUCCAAAGAUCCGGUGAUUGUUGGACGACCUAAGAUGAGCCUAGACCUUGAGCUGAACCUUUCACCUUCGGGAUCACCUUCAAGAACCACAACGAAGAGAGAUAAAUCUUCCAAUCACAAUGAAACAGUGUCUCCCAACGGUAAAAGUCUGACAAGCUCGAGUAAGAUGAGCAUAACUGGGACAGGAUUAAGCCGAUCUCCGUCCUGGCUUGCAUUUGAAGGCGGUGAUGAUGAUGAUGUAGAUCACAAGGAGCAAGAGAUGGUAACAACAGUUUGCAUGAAAUGCCACAUGCUGGUUAUGCUAUGCACAUCAAAUCCAGUUUGUCCCAACUGCAAGUUCAUGCACCCACAAGAUCACAGCGCUACAAAACUAUUUGAACCAUCAAAUUUGCUUAGGCUCCUAUGCUAGACUCUUUCAGGGUUAUUAAAUCUAUGAUAUUUGUACGGAAGAAUAUGAACUAGAUAUGGACUAAGUUAUGUAUAUAUACUCUACAAGUACGGAAGGAAUAUAUUAUAUGCUUCUAUGAACGAUCAUGCUUUAGAUCUCUCUAGCCUAUUAGUAUUUGCACUGAAUUGUACUUGGGAAUAAACACACGUUAUCAGAA